GCGCGCGAGCCGGAGGAGGAGUCUCGUGCAGCAGGAACAUGGCGAAGUGAUAGAAACAAACAGCAGCUGAGAAACACGUCUACAGGUGUCCUGCAGGUGAUUGACCAUGGGUAACGCCAGCAGUGAGAGAAGCGCUCCAGGCCAAGAGAAGGCCCACCGUAGGGAGAGCCGUGGAGCCAAAGAUGGAGCACGACCCAAAAUAUUAAUGGACAGCACUGAAGAUGCCGACAUCUUUCAGGCAGAUGAUGCCAAGGAGUUUCUGGCAUGGCAGCGUGAUCUUGAGACUGACUCUAAAGCCCCCCCAGAGGAGCGACCCACUGUGUUUCGGUGGACUGGCCCUGGCAAGGAUGUUUAUGUGUCUGGAUCAUUCAACAACUGGGCCAACAAAAUCCCGCUGUCCAAGAGUCACAAUAACUUUGUGGCGAUCGUUGACCUGCCGGAGGGAGAGCACCAGUAUAAGUUCCAUGUGGACGGACACUGGACUCUGGAUCCUAAGCAGCCUGUGGUGACCAGCAAGUCAGGUACAGUGAACAACAUCAUCCAGGUGAAGAAGACGGACUUUGAGGUGUUUGACGCCCUGAAGACGGACUCUGAGAAGUGUGCCGACAUGUCAGACUUGUCCGGUUCUCCUCCUGGACCGUACCAUCAGGAUCCGUACAGCACUAAAUCUGAGGAUCGGCUACGGUCGCCCCCGAUUCUCCCACCCCACCUGCUGCAGGUCCUGCUCAACAAAGACACCGGAGUCUCUUGUGAUCCAACUCUGCUCCCUGAACCCAACCAUGUGAUGCUGAACCACCUGUAUGCUCUCUCCAUCAAGGAUGGUGUGAUGGUUCUUAGUGCCACUCAUCGCUACAAAAAGAAAUACGUGACUACACUGCUGUAUAAACCCAUAUGAUCAGACACUAUAAGCUGGGAAAAGCUCAUCUGGAAUUUAUCAACACUAUUUAAACAAAAAGUAUUAUAAGAUUAUGAGACCAAAAAAAGCACUGAAAGCUGAUUGGAUAUCAUCACUGUCCUAUCAAAACCUUGACUCAAGCUGCCCUUUACAUUUGCAUUUAUAUUUUUCAUGACAUCCGGACCAACAGAAUAACAUUAAUAUGAAUUAACUUAGUUAACUUGCUAAAAUCCCAGGCUUUUUAAAUACUAAGGCUUAUUAUUCAGUAACUACAGGGACUUUAGUGCAAACUGACUGAGCUACUCAUAGAUCAUAGGAGUGUGUAAUGAAAUUCUGGGCCUGGACAUUUAAGGGGUUAAAUAAAGAGUGUUUUUCUCCUUUUCCUAUAAAAUGACCAAUAGUUUGUUAGGACAGUGAUGAUAAUCUGUUAUAGAUUAGACUGGGGUUAUAGUGUAGUCUGGGGUUCAAUCCCCGCCUGGGUAACCACCCUACACUAUACCAAUACGAGUCCUUGGGCAAGACUCCUAACACUGCCUUCGCCUACCUGUGUAAAAUGAUCCAAUUGGAUCUGCUCUGGA